AGUAGCUAGAGCAGAAAUUACAAAAUGAUCGAUCCCCGUAUUUUGGGUGGAUGCUGCAAGACUGAUUUGUGCUGGUCCAUACUUCAGCUGUAUCUCAUCGCUCACUUAUGAGAGUGUUCAGCUGGGGUUGCAGUAUAUUAAACACUGGCACGACCCUCUAAUGAAUACAUUCAAAGAUGAACACAAAUCAAGGUUAUUGCUGUACGUUUAGACGAGACACCGAGAGGAUCUAGGCGUUAAUCAGGGACCAUUUGAUCGACAGCAAAAAGAUGGUGAUUAAGAUAUACACGUCCAGGAUUUCUGGCAACGUCAUGCUUAAACUUCAACAGCACUAUAUAAUCAGUAUUCUCGAGGCUAAAAAGAUACAACACGAGGAAAUUGAUAUCACGGAUCCACAGAACGAGAAAGAACGAGAAUUCAUGAGAAGUGUUGUAAAGAUCCCGGAUGAUGAAGGAGACGAAGUUCCCCUUCCACCACAAAUCUUCAAUGGAGAAAAAUAUUGCGGGAAAUACGAGGACUUUCAUGCUGCCGUUGAAAAAGAAAAAUUGUUUUCCUACUUAGAAUUAGACAUUCCGGAGGACGAAGUAGAGUUUGCGAGAAAAGUGGAAGAAGAAAAUAAAUCAAGGGGAGGAGUCUAUGUCCAAUGAACAAAAACAAGGAAUUAGGUUUUGGCAGUUAGGCAUCACAUGUUAACAAAGUGUCGCUGUUUACUAAAGUCAAACCAAGAUGUUGGCGGAAAACGACACACAACACAAUUGAAAGCCACUGAAAAAGAAACGAUGUAGCCCAUUGUUCAUUUUAGAACGUUGACAAUAUUUAAAAUGUAUCAUAAUUAGACCUCCUUUAUAAUGUAAGUCUUCCUCAUCCUUGGUUCAAGGAGAGUAAAGAAUUGAAACCAGAUUGUGAAGGCCAAGGUGUUUCUCCAAGCACACUUUUAUCACUAUGUGCCUAAACCAUUGUGUAUAUAAAUAAAACGUACUUCAUUGUAAUAUAUUAGAAGUGUGCUCAAUUUGUUAUCUCGGCCUGCACCGAUUACUAAUAAAUAGAUGGAACAGUUUACACUAUUAGCGGCUUGUAAAAUAGAUUCAUAAAAUAUAUAUAUACCAUUGUUUUAUAGAUGGCAACAUGCACAAAUAUAUAUUUCUUCUGAAUGUGAGACUGAUCUUGUGUUGUGUGUAAAUAAAAAUAGAAUACAAC